AUCCGCCGGACGCCGGAAGUGACUCUCCGCCCCUGCCACUGGGCCAUGGAGACUGUGGCACAGUAGAGUCUGGUUGAGGCUUUAGGGGCGGCGGCCAUGGAGGCCGUGCUGAACGAGCUGGUGUCUGCGGAUGACUUGUUGAAGUUUGAAAAGAAAUUUCAGUCUGAGAAGGCAGCAGGCUCGGUGUCCAAGAGCACGCAGUUUGAGUACGCCUGGUGCCUGGUGCGGAGCAAGUACAAUGAUGACAUCCGUAAAGGCAUCGCGCUGCUCGAGGAGCUGCUGCCCAAGGGGAGCAAAGAGGAGCAGCGGGAUUACGUCUUCUACCUGGCUGUGGGGAACUACCGGCUGAAGGAAUAUGAGAAGGCCCUGAAGUACGUUCGAGGGCUGCUGCAGACAGAGCCCCAGAACAACCAGGCCAAGGAACUGGAACGACUCAUUGACAAGGCCAUGAAGAAAGAUGGACUAGUGGGCAUGGCCAUCGUUGGAGGCAUGGCCCUGGGUGUGGCAGGACUGGCUGGACUCAUCGGACUUGCUGUGUCCAAGUCCAAAUCCUGAAGGAGACUGCGCCUUCUCUGCCCAGGGUGAUGUGGGAACCCGUGGAAGACACUGGAAGAGGGGCCCAUCUGUCUUCACUGUCCCUUCCCCCUUCCUCCCGUGCACCCUUGCCACUGGCCAAUGUGGCCUUCAACUUCCACUUCCCUGAGACCCGUCCUUCAGCUCCAGAUCAUGUGCUUUGGGAUGAGUGUAAAUAAAAUCGGGCUGUGGCUUGGGAA